UUGAUUUACUCUUAUAAAGCGGCCCUGUCAUUUUAUCACUCAGGCAAACUGAAACGAAGCCACCUUGGAGCUACCGAGGAGAAAAAGAAAGGGAAACUACAAUGACCACGAUUAAGGUUGUGAAGGCCCGUCAAAUUUUCGACAGCCGUGGAAAUCCUACCGUUGAAGUUGACGUAAUCCUUUCUGAUGGAACUUUAGCUAGAGCUGCUGUACCUAGUGGCGCUUCAACUGGUAUAUAUGAAGCUUUAGAGUUGAGAGAUGGAGGAUCGGACUAUCUUGGGAAAGGUGUCCUUAAGGCUGUGGAGAAUGUUAAUUCAAUCAUUGGCCCCGCCUUGAUUGGCAAGGACCCAACAGAGCAAACCCAAAUUGAUAAUUUCAUGGUACAAGAACUUGAUGGAACUGUUAAUGAAUGGGGUUGGUGCAAACAAAAGCUUGGCGCAAAUGCUAUAUUGGCAGUGUCUCUUGCUGUUUGCAAAGCAGGUGCUAGUGUUAAGAAGAUUCCCCUUUACAAGCAUAUAGCAAAUCUUGCUGGAAACAAGACCUUGGUUCUGCCAGUACCUGCAUUCAAUGUCAUCAACGGUGGUUCCCAUGCAGGCAAUAAACUGGCAAUGCAGGAAUUUAUGAUUCUCCCUGUUGGAGCUUCAUCUUUCAAGGAAGCCAUGAAGAUGGGUGUGGAAGUAUAUCAUCACCUCAAGGCUGUGAUAAAGAAGAAGUAUGGACAGGAUGCUACUAAUGUGGGAGAUGAAGGUGGCUUUGCUCCUAAUAUUCAGGAAAACAAAGAAGGUCUUGAAUUGCUGAAGACAGCCAUAGGUAAAGCUGGAUACACUGGAAAGGUUGUGAUUGGGAUGGACGUGGCUGCCUCAGAAUUCUAUGAUAACAAAGAUAAGACCUAUGACUUAAACUUCAAGGAAGAGAACAAUGAUGGAUCAGAGAAGAUUUCCGGAGAUAGUCUGAAAAAUGUGUACAAGUCCUUUGUGACUGAUUACCCAAUUGUGUCAAUUGAGGAUCCCUUUGAUCAGGAUGAUUGGGAACACUACUCAAAGUUGACAGCUGAAAUUGGUGAGCAAGUGCAGAUUGUUGGUGAUGAUCUCCUUGUCACAAAUCCUAAGCGUGUGAACAAGGGUAUUAGAGAGAAGACCUGCAAUGCUCUUCUAUUGAAGGUGAAUCAAAUUGGUUCUGUCACUGAAAGUAUUGAAGCUGUGAAAAUGUCCAAACGUGCUGGCUGGGGUGUCAUGGCAAGCCAUAGAAGUGGUGAAACUGAAGAUACUUUCAUCGCAGACCUUUCAGUUGGAUUGGCUACUGGACAGAUCAAGACUGGAGCACCUUGCAGAUCAGAACGUCUUGCUAAAUACAACCAGCUUCUUAGGAUAGAAGAAGAGCUGGGGUCCGGUGCAGUGUAUGCUGGAGCAAAAUUCAGAGCACCGGUGGCACCUUAUUAAGUAUAAGAAUGCCAGUCUUCAUAGAGGCUAUUUUACCGAGCAUUAUCUUAAUAAAAAUACUUAUUUGUACUCAGAAACUUAAAUAGUUUUUGGUUAUAGUACCUCAGUAGUGUGAGGGUUUUUAUUACGCUUUGCGGAAUUAUAUCACUUUUGCUGAUGAUGUUGCCGUUUAUUAGUUAACUAGCUCAAUAUCUGUGCUUCGAAUGAAAGUCAUUUUAUAUAAAAAAAUAUUUAUAUGAAUUAAAAUUGA